CAUAAUUAUGGUAUUUGUUAAUUACGGAGGAGGAAAAUACUGGUUCUUCAAACAUCAGAGUUGGAAUGGCUUAACACUGGCAGAUCUUGUGUUUCCAUGGUUUGUGUUUAUCAUGGGCACCUCAAUUUCACUGUCACUGAACUCCAUGCUGAGGCGAGGAUGUUCGAAGUGGAAAGUGCUGGGGAAAGCUCUCUGGAGGAGUUUCUUGCUGUUUCUAAUAGGCAUCGUAAUCGUCAAUCCCAAUUAUUGCCUUGGACCUUUGUCCUGGGGUAAUCUGCGGAUUCCAGGUGUACUCCAGAGACUGGGAUUUACCUACCUUGUGGUUGCCGUCUUAGAACUCCUGUUUGCUAAAGCUGUGGCUGAGAACGAUACCUUGGAGACCCCGUAUUUUGCCCUGCGGGAUAUCCUGCUCUAUUGGCCACAGUGGGUUUUCAUUCUGACACUGGAAGCGACUUGGCUGGGUUUGACCUUCCUGUUAAUUGUACCUGGCUGCCCAAAGGGUUACCUUGGCCCCGGUGGCAUUGGGGAUUUUGGAAAAUAUCCCAAUUGCACCGGAGGAGCAGCCGGUUAUAUUGAUCACUUGCUCUUGGGAGAAAAGCAUAUUUACCAACACCCAUCAUCCAAUGUGCUCUACCAAACAACAGUGGCCUAUGAUCCUGAAGGCAUCUUGGGAACAAUAAAUUCAAUCUGCAUGGCGUUUUUUGGACUUCAGGCAGGAAAAAUAUUCUUGUUUUACAAAGACCAGCACAAGCAGAUAAUGAGUAGGUUUUUUAUAUGGAGUGUAGUCAUGGGGAUUAUUUCUGCUAUCUUGACAAAAUGCUCUAAAGAUGAAGGGUAUAUUCCUGCAAAUAAGAAUCUGUGGUCAAUCUCUUAUGUGACAACAUUGAGCUGCUUUGCCUAUCUGCUUUUAUUGCUGAUCUACUACCUUGUGGAUGUCAAGAAAUGGUGGUCAGGUGCUCCAUUUUUCUACCCAGGAAUGAACUCGAUCCUGGUCUAUGUUGGGCAUGAAGUAUUUGAGAACUAUUUCCCUUUUAAGUGGAAGAUGAAGGACAGUCAGUCCCAUGGGGAGCACUUGGCUCAGAACCUGGUUGCAACAUCCAUCUGGGUCAUCAUAUCGUAUUUACUGUACCGGAAAAGGAUAUUCUGGAAAAUCUGAUUGGGUU